UCGGGUCAACAACUCUCCACACAGUCCGUAUCAGAGCUACUGAAGAGGGUGAUGUGGGUCACUGUCGAUCCCUCACAAUCCGCUUAGAAACCAAACGUGGAAGGGUUUUUUUUUUCUUCUGGCUGUUUCGGGACAGAAAACAGCUGAGACCUGGCCAUGGAAGAGAAGUUAAAUCCACGUUGGUUUGGAGUUGUUCUCUCUACAGCGAUUUUAGCUACUGUUGUGGGGACUCCAGUCAGAGCUCAGCCUCCUAGGAACCAGAUCUACCGAUACACCAGGACCUCUGAGCCUCUAGUGAUACCAGCCCACGUUUCAAGACUUUAUCUGAGUCCAGAUCAGCUCAGACAGCUGCGCUUCAAGCCAACCGUAGGCACCAUCCAGCUUUCUGAAGGCCAUGAGGCUAAAUUUAACUGCUCCAUCGAUAUCCCCGACACCAGGCUGGAGCCCACCAUCAUGUGGGUGAAAAACGGGCUAGACCUGGCCGCAAACAUGCAGGUGGUGAUCAACGAGCUGCAGACCAUCACAGAUGGCGUCACAACGCUUCUCUCCACUGUCAACAUCAACCGUGUGCAGAGGGUGGAUGCUGGAGAGUAUCGCUGCAGAGUGAGCAUCAGCACCAGAUUGGUGGAGUCUCAGCCAAUCACCCUCAAGGUAGAAGGUCUACCAACAUUUCUCCAUCAACCAGAAGACAAGAACGUGACAAGAAGCACACCCUUCACACUGUUCUGUGAGGCAGUUGGACCCCCAGAUCCUGUCCAAAUCCGUUGGCUCCGUGACGGAUUACCUGAUAGUGACUUUCAUAACUCUCCCAGCAGCUAUUCAGUUUCAGGUGUGGACAAGUACACUCAGUUCAGCUGUGAGGCCUACAACACCAAGGGUGUCACAACGUCCAGAGAAGCAAAUAUCAACAUCAAAGUGCUUCCAAGCCCUGUGUCUGAUCUUGCUGUGUUGGAGAGGCAGUCCAAUAAGUUGUUGCUGAGCUGGAGCCCCGGACAUGAUGGUUUUUCUUCUUUAUCAAAGUGUUACAUCAGGGUCAAAGAAGUGAGUCGGAGGAAAGGGGAGGUAACAACAACCCGGUUUGUCAAUGCCACCGUUCCCCCUUUCCAGUGUGAAAUUCCAGGGCUACAGGCGAUGACGUGGUACAAUAUGAGCGUUUCCUGUAGCAAUGAGGUGGGAGCUUCCCCCGUCACCAUGUGGAUCCAGAGCAAUACCACAGAAGGAGUUCCAUCAGUUUAUCCCAAAAAUGUCACCGUGCAUCUGAACGAGUCAUGGCUGGUGAUCAGUUGGAAACCUCCCCCUGAUGAUAAGAUAAACGGCAUCCUGCGUGGUUAUGAUGUCGUCAUCCGACAUGGCAACCAAGUGAACAAGAUCCACAGUAACACCACAACGCUCUUUGAAGCCGUGCAGGAAUUCAACGUGACCUACAGCGUGGAGGUGGCGGCAUGCACGCAGGCAGGGAGCGGCAUGGUCAGCCCACGAGUCUGGCUCUUUGUGCCAGAGGACAAAUCAGCAGUGACCCCGUCGUCCAGCCCAGACGCUGGGGCCUCUGACUUGGUCUAUGUGGUCUUGGGUGUUGUCUGUGGCAUCUGCCUCCUGCUGCUGAUCCUCUGGGGAGCUAUCUGUGUACACAACAGGACGUCUGACUCUUGGUUUGGGUGGAUGUUUGGAGGUGAAGAAAAGCUGCAGCCUGUUGUUCAAUACCAGAGAUCCUACAACCGGUCAGCCAUCGGAAUCACACUGGGGAACCUUGGCAUCAGUGAGGAUCUGCAGGCCAAACUUCAGGAUGUGAUGGUCAUGAGGAGCCUUCUCUCCAUAGGGAAAGUCCUGGGAGAGGGUGAAUUUGGUUCAGUGGUGGAGGGAAAUCUAAGACAAAUGGAUGGAACAUUAGAAAAAGUUGCUGUGAAGACAAUGAAAUUGGAUAGCUUUUCCCAAAAAGAGAUUGAAGAGUUUUUGAACGAGGCAGCCUGCAUGAAAGAUUUCAACCAUCCUAAUGUCAUCAGACUGCUCGGAGUGUGCCUAGAGGUUGGCUCUGGAAAUUUUCCCAAGCCCAUGGUCAUCCUGCCGUUCAUGAAAUAUGGAGAUCUUCACAGUUUCCUGUUACGCUCACGGCUGGGAGAGAGUCCAGUGUUUUUGCCCACUCAGACCCUCCUAAAGUUCAUGGUGGACAUUGCUUUGGGCAUGGAGUAUCUCAGUAGUCGUAACUUUCUACAUCGAGAUCUGGCAGCCCGUAACUGCAUGCUGCGUGACGACAUGACGGUUUGUGUAGCAGACUUUGGUUUAUCAAAGAAGAUCUACAGUGGGGAUUAUUACCGACAGGGCAGGAUCGCCAAAAUGCCCGUGAAAUGGAUUGCAGUGGAGAGCCUGGCAGACCGAGUUUUUACAGUAAAGAGUGAUGUGUGGGCAUUUGGUGUCACCAUGUGGGAGAUUGCGACACGAGGAAUGACACCGUACCCUGGCAUCCAGAACCAUGAGAUUUAUGACUACUUACUGGAAGGACACAGACUGAAGCAGCCAGCAGACUGUUUAGAUGAACUGUAUGAGAUCAUGUACAGCUGCUGGAGGGCCGACCCGCUGGACCGACCUGUCUUCACACAACUAAGAGAAAUGUUGGAAAAACUCACAGAGAAGCUUCCGGAGUCUUUCAGCAAAGACGAUAUCAUCUACAUCAACACCAGCUUUCCUGAAGAGGACCCUGAAGGAGAAACUCUUCCUGCAGAUCAUCCUUUGUUCAGCUCAUCGCCCUCCUGCAGCCAUCAGACAACAGAAAACUCUGUGGUUACUGCGGACAUUCACGGGAGUCUAGAGGAAGAGGAGGAUGAGGACGAUGAUCGUUAUGUGGUGGUGAUCUCCUCUGAUCCCUCCGGAAGACCUGCUGCUGUGAACACUCCUCUUUUAACGGGGGAUUCUUUACACCAUGCAAACGGAGACAUGGUUACUGAUGGGACAGCAGCAGAUCACAGCUCCAGUGACACCUCUCGCCUGCUGUAGAAAGGUCCAAACUGAAAUAAAAAUAAAAUGCCUCAUUGCACUGGGAGCACCUUGACAUUUCCUCAUGUUCACUUUCUGUAGUAUUGUUUUACCAGCAGUUAAUGCGCUAUGCUGGCUACACACUAGACGACUUUCAGAUCCGAACCAAUCUUACAAAAGAUGGAGACCACAGACAUGUAUGGAAGCCUGUUUUCUGCCACUUACAAAACAAGAAAACAAGUUAGGUAAUAGUAAAAAAAUCUGAAGUCCAGUAUUAUUUAAAGAGCCAUUAACCGAAGAUAAUAAUUAAGACUUAAAAAGUCAAAAUUAUGGGAAAAAAAAAAUCAAAACAAGGAGAUGUGAGGGACAAAAAGUCAAAACUAUGUGAUAAAAAGUCUAAACUGAGAGAUAAAAAGUCAACAUUAUGGAAAAGUAAGUCCUAAUUGGGGAAACAGUCAAAAUUAUGAAAAAGUGAGUCCUAAAUGUGAGAUAUACAAAGAUUAGAUUAGAUUUGGAAAAAUUACGUCAAAAUUAUAAGAUGAAAAGUCAAAAUUGUGAAAUAGAUAAUUAUUAUGGCAUAAAUGUUAAAAAUUAGAAGAUAAUAAAUCAAAAUCAAGAGAUAAACUGUGAGGAUUAUGAGAUAAGUCAAGAUUAAGAGAUAAAAAAGUCAAAUAUUUUCAAAUAAAACUGAAAAUGAGAUGAAAAGUCAGGCAAAAAGAAAAAGUCGAUUUUACAGAAUAAGUUGCUAUGAGCUGAAAGAAAAUCCUAUUUACAUGAUUAAAAGUCAUAAUUACAUUUACAGCUCUUUCUAGUUUUUCUAGUUAAAUUGUCAGUCUGGGCAGAUGGACCUAAGUAAAUCUGUAAUUCCGAAAUUGUGAAAAAAUUCCAAAAUGUACCUUAAUAGCUUAUGGUUUUGACUUUUUAUUCCAAACUUAAGAUUUUUAUCUCAUUAUCAUGACUUAUCUGACAGUUAUUCAUGUUCUUUUUUUAAAAAUAUUUAGUCAGGACUGAUAUGGACCUGAUCAGUUUUUAACAAUAUCACACACACUAGGUGAGUUGGCCUGACAGUGAGACCACAUACCUGCUCUUUGUAGAACAGUGUCACAGUGACGAUUCCCCAGUCACAGAUUUCACAAAAACUCAACUGAAUAAAUGUGACUUCAGAAGAAAAAAAUAUCAAACUUAUCAUAUGUUUGAUAUUAUACAAUUCCAUAUCCGCUCCUGGAUUAGUUUGAUCGGGAGCAGUAAAAUAGUAGUACUGAAACCACACACUUGAGGAUUAUUUGGAUAAUUAAGCCCUGGAUCCUGUCAUGCCCCUCAAAUUAUUGGAGAAGAUCAUCGGGCACAAAAUCAGACUUAAAACCAUCUAGUGUGUAGCCAGCCUUACAUGGCCAGCCUCCACGUCAGUGUUGUCUUUGUGUUUCUACUUCAAAUGUUUUCAUGCACGUGUUUUAUAAGCUUAAGAUAAACUGAACUGUGAAAUUGUUUACUGUAUUGUGUUGUGAUGUAAAUAUAGAAAUGUACAGAGCAUUUAUAAAGUGAUUUUAUCUACUGUAAAAAUACACGAUUCCUAGAAUUCUUCUUUGAAAUAAAAUUUUUAAAAAAUCUUCAAAGGUUACAACAC